GCGCCGGCGCGUCGGCGGGUCUGCGUCUGCGGGGAGGGGCGGGUGGAGCAGAUCGAUACUCACUUUGCGGGGAGGGGGCGACAGCCUCCCCCUCCCCUGGCUCUGGCGGGGCUAGGGAAGAGAGGGUCUGGCCGGUGGGACGCAGGCGCACAGCUCAGCGCCUUCCGUCCCAGCAGAGCCAGGCGAGCAUCGUACUCAGGUGAUGAGGGACCCUUCGCGCACCCGGCGCAGAAUGCCGCUGCCGCUGGACGCCUCCAUUGUUUGACCACAACAAGGGCCGGCCUCUCACCCAGGAUCCUAAGGCUUUUGUAGCCCUUCAGCCACUGUGGGCCCUGCCUCUGCCUAUUCUUCUGGAAUGUCUUGGGGGCUUUGACUCCUGUUACUGUGAUCUGCAAAUCCAAGUGACACAUCUCCCUGGAAGAUAAGAGAGCUUCAUUCUCAAGAUAAAAAGGAGACUGGAGUGAUUCCUAUGUAGGGAAUCCUCACCAAGAAGGACUGAUGUACCUGGAAUCCAAGGAGCUUGCUUUCUGGAAAUACUGCUUGUCUGAUGUGUAGGAGGCAGAACGUCACACUGACUCUUCUCACGGAGGCCAUAGGGCAUCAGGACCAACAAGCAGUACCUCACCCUCAACUACGGGGGCACUGGGCAGUACUUUCUCUAGACGCGAGAAGUGCAGGAUUAUUCAACAAGAGGAAGAGUCCAAGGGCUUAAGGAAUCAAAUCACUUGGGGAGCCCCUUGGAAUGUUGACCACUCAGGAGCUAAAAGAAAGUUCGGUGUUAAUGAGUUGCAGAAUUCGUGGGAAGUUAAUGUCACUUUAUAGUCAGUAAUAAUACUGAGUGAGGAACACUAUGCAGGAAGAAGCCUUCCAUAGAAAGACAGACAGGGAAAAGCUUAGGCCAACCUUAAAAUUACCGAAUACAGCAAGCCUGAGAUAAACUGCCAAAAUGGCCAAAUAAGAGCCUUUAUGAAAUAGCAAUCCUGUAACUAUAGUAGUUGUAAGGAAAAUUUCUCCUCUAAAUCACGAUACCAAAUAGGAAAAAUGAUCUACAAGUGCCCCAUGUGUAGGGAAUUCUUCUCUGAGAGAGCAGAUCUUUUUAUGCAUCAGAAAAUUCACACAGCUGAGAAGCCCCAUAAAUGUGACAAGUGUGAUAAGGGUUUCUUCCAUAUAUCAGAACUUCAUAUUCACUGGAGAGACCACACAGGAGAGAAGGUCUAUAAAUGUGAUGAUUGCGGUAAGGAUUUUAGUACUACAACAAAACUGAAUAGACAUAAGAAAAUCCACACGGUGGAGAAACCCUAUAAAUGUUAUGAGUGUGGAAAAGCCUUCAAUUGGAGCUCACAUCUUCAGAUUCAUAUGAGAGUUCAUACAGGUGAGAAACCCUAUGUCUGUAGUGAGUGUGGAAGGGGCUUUAGUAAUAGUUCAAACCUCUGCAUGCAUCAGAGAGUCCACACAGGAGAGAAACCCUUCAAAUGUGAAGAGUGUGGUAAGGCCUUCAGGCACACUUCAAGCCUUUGCAUGCAUCAGAGAGUCCACACGGGAGAGAAGCCCUAUAAAUGUUAUGAGUGUGGUAAGGCCUUCAGUCAGAGUUCGAGCCUUUGCAUCCAUCAGAGAGUCCACACCGGAGAGAAACCCUAUAGAUGUUGUGGAUGUGGUAAGGCCUUCAGUCAGAGUUCAAGCCUUUGCAUCCACCAGAGAGUCCACACUGGAGAGAAGCCUUUUAAAUGUGACGAGUGUGGAAAGGCCUUCAGUCAGAGUACAAGCCUUUGCAUCCAUCAGAGAGUCCACACAAAGGAGCGAAACCAUCUCAAAAUUUCAGUUAUAUAAAAAGUUUAGCUAAGAGUUAAAAAAAUCUUAAAACCCCUAAGUGCCACUAGGAAGGAAACCCUGUAAAUACCCACAUUGACUCAAAAAAAUGCUUACAGCAACCUCUAGCAGAACGUUCUUUUUGAAGAGGCAUAUAAAACAUUGAUUUUUUGUUCAUGCCAAGUAUGUUCCACAACUUGACUUUGAAUACAAGAUCCCUCUUGAGUAUCAGCCCAAGAUAGGGCCAUCGGGUUCUAGUCACGAAUUUGCUUUUCCUGGAAUUCCGGCACUAUCCCUCAAUAGGUGAAAUAUUACAUAAAAUAUGAUUAUUGCCCAACCUCCUGAGUCACCUUCAAUAUACUCUUUAUUUAAAAAUUACCUCAGGCACCUCCCCCUUUAGGAGCUCUUACCCUUCGUUCCUUUUAAUUCAAGCAUACUAGUUAAUGCAAUUGAAAUGGACAACUCCCACUAAGAUAGUGUUCUGGUAUUUCUAAAGUUACCACUUAAUUCAGCUCCUGUGUAUCUUCCAUAUAUUCCAUUAUUUCUGAACCCACUCUAACUAUAUGUCCUCAAAGCACCCAUAAAUAUUCACCCCUUCCUAGAUGGCAUUGAAUUUCAUUUUAGGUUUUAGGUGACUUAUAAUAUCCAUUCACUUGGCCUAUCAGAGAAGUCUUUGGACGGCAUAAUGCCCUUGUACUUUUCUUGAACUUUUUUUUCUAAUUUUGUGAUUCUGCUAAUCACUAUCUCUCUGUAUUAGACUUAUUUUCUAGUGGCUACAUCACAUUUUUAACUUGAAUUUUUUUGGAAAUAGCUGAAUGUAAAUAGCAGGGAGGAAGAAGCAAGCAAAGUUAUAACUUUUCUCCACCCAGAAUUGCCCUCUUCAGCUCCUUUUAUACCAAAUGGGGGCCCCUCAUGCAGCUCGGGGGGACUGUAUGAGAAGUGGAUGAUAGGAAGGGCCACAAAUAAUAUGUUGUCUCUGGUUCUGUAAUUUGGGCAAUAAUGUGUAGAAGUCCUCUGUGCUGCUUCAUUGAGGAUUAUGUAUCAGUUCCUUUUUGAGCAUGAUUGUCUUGUUAAUCCAUCAUUCUUUUCUUUCUUCAUUCAUCCAACAAAUAUUUAUUGAAUGCCUCCACUGUGCCAGGCACUGUGCUAGGUGCUGGGAACACCACUGAAUAAGACAGACAAGGUCCCUGCUCUCAUGGAGUUUACUUCUGGUGGAGACAGAUGAUAAGCAAGUAAACAAAUAAAUAAUGUAGUUUGCGAUAGUGAUUAAAGUGCUAUGAAGAAAAUAAAAUAGGGUGGUGAUUUAGAGUGGUGGGGUGG